CUUUCAAAAUUGUUAUGACAUAUAUCUAACCUCAAAAAUGCACCGUUUCAAAACGCAAAAAAGUUGAAAAACCUCUCAUAGAAUUUAAAAUACUCGUCAAAAAGCCAAUAUCAUGAUAUUUUCAGAUCCACUACUUUUUGCAUUUUCUCUUUUAAACACCGGAGCAGUAUUGUUUCUUCUGGUCUAUUUUGUCAUUACUUUGUCGGAUUUAGAAUGCGAUUAUUUAAAUGCUCAAGAAUGUUGCUCGAAACUGAACCAAUGGAGUCUCCCCAAACUAAUUGUUCAUGGUUUUUUAUCGUUUCUGUUUUUAAUUCACGGCCAUUGGAUUCUAGCAUUGCUAAAUUUGCCAAUGGCAUUUUGGAUGGUCUAUGAGCUAGCGUCAGUGCCAAGUGGAAAUCUGGGUAUUUAUGAUCCCACAGAAAUUCACAAUAGAGGUCAAUUAAAGAAACACAUGAGGGACUGUAUGAUUCAUUUAGGGUAUUAUUUAUUAUUCUUCUUUGCGUAUUUAUACUGCAUGAUUGUGGCAUUGUUGAAAAGCGACCCAAUCAAUAGAGAUGACCAGUUUGAAGUGGACUCCUAACUGUGUAUUACUAAUCUUAGGUUUAUUUAAAUAAAACACAAACUAUC